AUGGAACAGGAAUUAAUAAAAAGACCGAAGGAUAAUUCAAAAGAAAAUAUGCAAAAAUAUGCAAUGCCAUUAUGGUAUCAAUAUAUCCAAGUAACAAACAGAGUAUUCCAACAGUAUUGGAGGACACCUUCAUACAUAUAUUCAAAAAUUUUAUUAUCGAUUUUCAAUCCACUUUUUAAUGGCUUUGUAUUUUUUAAAGCUAAUAAUUCCAUUCAAGGAUUACAAGAUCAGAUGUUUUCAAUCUUUUUGUUGUUUGUGGUUUACAAUGCUUUGGUGCAACAAUACUUACCUAAUUUUAUUUAUCAGAGAAAUUUAUACGAGGCUAGAGAGAGACCUUCGAAGACAUUCUCAUGGUUUGCAUUCAUUGUUGCUCAAAUUACUGUGGAAAUUCCAUGGCAGAUACUCUGUGGAACGAUUGCUUUCUUUUGUUGGUAUUACCCGGUUGGACUAUAUAAGAAUGCUGAACCUACAGAUAGUGUUGCUGAAAGAGGGGCGUUAAUGUGGAUAAUUAUUGUAUUGUUUUUUAUUUUUUGUUCAACCAUGGGACAGUUGUGCGUGUCACUUAAUGAGUUGGCCGAUAAUGCAACGAAUCUAGCGAGUAUGUUAUUCGUGAUGUCUUUAUUAUUUUGUGGAGUUUUGGUAUCAUCCGAUGCUAUGCCCAGAUUUUGGAUAUUCAUGUACCGGUGUAGUCCAUUCACUUAUUUAGUAAAUGCUAUUCUUUCUGUUGGAUUAGCUAAUUCAGAUGUAACCUGUGAUGAUCUGGAGUUAUUGAGAUUUAAGCCUCUCGAAGGUCAGACAUGCGGUGAGUAUAUGAAAGAGUAUAUUCUGAAAGCUGGCGGCUAUUUACUCAAUAAAGAUGCUAGAGAUACUUGUGAAUUUUGUUCAAUGUCGUCAACCAAUGAAUUUUUAAUGCAAAGAGGAUCAGAUUAUAAUUUGAAAAGUCAGAAUAUUGGUAUAUUUGCUUGUUUUAUUGCGAUUGACACUAUGGGACCCAUCUUUUUUUAUUGGUUAACCAGAGUUCCAAAAAGAAAUAGACAGAAAAAUUAA